AGUGUUUAUUUGAGUUAAAAAUAAAAGAAAAUAGAAUAGACAAAACAUAAAAGGGAGUAAAUUACGGUCAAUGAUCAUCUGAAUAAAAAAAUUAAAAAAACAAAAAAACCCAAAAAAGGAAAAAAUAAUAUCGAGGCUUAAAACUUGAGUCCGAAACUCAGCAAAGAAACGUCGAACGAAGAAAUUAGGAGAGAGAAACACGAAAGUUAGAGAGAGACUCAAAGAUUAAGAUUUUACAAUCAAAUUUGGGAAAAAAAAAUUCAAUCAAUUUGCAAUCGAAUUCAACCCCAGAAACCCUAAUCUUAUCAUCUUACGUUUUCAAUCCUCAAUUUUGACCCCCUUUUUUUUUUCUUGAAAGUUAGGGUUUUGUCGCGAGAACCCUAAUCGGUGCAACUCAAUUUGAAAUUGAACAGAUUGGGUCGGUAUAAAUUGGGGCUUUUGCUACUAUCGGAAUUUCGACCACGUAUAUAGGAGGAUCUGGUUCAAUAAGUUCACGAUCAUCGUUAAUAGGUCUGUUAAUUGUUGCACCGAGCAACCGAAGCACCGUCAUUGUGGUUAAUUUAACUCAAGUUGUUGGGGUUUCUCUCUGUUUUCGAUUGAAUUUAAGGUGAAGUGUUGUCCUUGCAGUGUAAUCAAUAAUGUGCUGGAGAUGAAUUUUGAAUUGACCUUCUUAUGGUGAAGCUGAUGCACUUUCAGGCUUUUGGCAUAUUAAGAGUUGAAAAUGAAUGUCCAGGCACACAUGUCAGGUCAGAUCUCUGGGCAGGUACCUAACCAGGCUAGUAAUCAGUUGCCUGGACUGCCUCAGCAGAAUGGAAAUACAUUCCACACGCAGGCGCAAAAUCUUGGUGGUCAAAGUAAUCAAGCAAUGGUGGACGCUGAACUUACUAAAAUUCGACUGUUUAUGAGAGAGAAGAUCUAUGAGACUCUAAUGCUGAGGCAACCGAACCGGAAUGAUGUUGUUUCAAAAAAAUUGCAUGAACUUUCAAGGCGCUUGGAAGAGGGGCUGUUUAAAACAGCUUCGUCAAAGGAGGAAUACAUGAAUAUGGAAAGUCUCGAGUUCCGUUUGCAGGGAUUUAUUAGGCGAACACCACAGACCAAUCAUGUUCCUCAACCGACACAAUUUAUGAAUACUCCUACUCCUGUUGGUACAAUGAUACCAACACCUGGUAUGCAACAGCAAAACAAUGUAAAUUCAAAUGUGAUGGUAUCAUCUGCAAUGGAUCAUUCUAAUAUGACCACCGCAAGUGCUUGUGGCGGUAUCUCAUCCUCAACUCAAGGCAUGGGAGGCUUGAUGCCCAAUUCUAAUGGGUCAUUUUCCAGUAUUCGUGGUGGUUCUUUCCAUGGAGCUGAUGGGUCUCUGUCAAAUGGUUACCAGCAGGCCCCCUCUAGUUUUUCCAUGAAUUCUGGCAGUAAUAAUGUAAUGGCUGGGCAGAGAGUUGUGAGCCAAAUGAUUCCCACUCCUGGAUUCAGUGGCAAUAAUAAUCAGGCAUAUAUGAAUGCGGAUAACACUAGCAGUGGUGGUGUGUUAUCUGGCGUUGAUUCUUCAGGUGUGUCACAACAAGUGCCGCAAAAACAUGUUGGUCAAAACAGCCGCAUGUUACAGAACCUUGGUAGUGCAAUGAGCAGUGGAAUGAGGUCUUUAAUGCAGCAGAGAGUCCAGAGUGGGCCUGUGAACAGUGGAUUUGGUAACAAUCUUCAAAUGGUAAAUGGUUCUGGCUCAUCAGAUAGCUAUAUGACCACAUCAUCUUACGGCGCCUCUCCUAGACCUCUGCAGCAGCCCCAUGAUCAACAUCAGCGCUCUUCUGUGCAAGGUGAUGGAUACAGGAUGAGUGCUGCUGAUUCCUCUGGAAAUGGAAAUUACUACAAUGGAGCUCAGGUUGGAUCCUUGAUAAAUAAUCAGAAUGUAAAUCAAAUGAGACCUCAGGCAAUAAGCAGACCUAACUCGCUAAUGAUCCAAAAUAGCACGCAAAGUGUGCAAUCAGCUUCAUACGCAAGGCCUCAAUUAGCGGAACAAGUGGAAAAGUUAAAUUUCCAAUCAUCACCUAGAGAAAAUCAUUCGCAGUCUUAUGCUAAACAGUACCAACAGCAGCCUCAUUUGAUGCCGCCGCAGCAGCAGUUUGCUUCAAGCCGUCAACAGAAGCAGUCUAGUGAGCACCAACAAUCUUUCGGGAGAAAUGAUCAAUUUGUUCACUCCCAGUUAACAUCUGACGUUGGCAGUCGUGUGAAAUCUGAAACAGGAAUGGAGCAUCAUAGUGAGGGUCUUCAGACACAAGUUUCUUCUGGGCAGCUCCAGCUUCCAGAAUCACAUCAACUUCACCAUGAUUCGAAUGGAAAUCUUAUUAGAAGUUCUCAUUCAUCUUUUGCUCCAUCAAGGCCUCAAGAUAUGCACUCUACGCUCUUGCAAAAUCCUCAGCAUAUGAUGACUGAUGAGGCUACAAAUGAAUACAAUAAUAUGUCUUUUGGAGUACAGCCAGAAGCACAACUAAAUGGUCAAUGGCAUACUGAAUCUAAUAGAUCGUCACUGGCUGGAAAUUUGUCUCAUGAACAGCAUCUACAGGAGGAGUUACGCCAGAGAAUGGUGGGGCAUGAUGAAGCUCAGUGCAAUAAUUUGGCUUCCGAAGGGUCUACCAUUGGCCAGAAUGUUGCUCCUAGAAGUGCUAUGGAUCAAUCCAGAGUAGUUACUACACCCUGUAACUCCGGGAAUACCAUCCGUGAGCGUCAAUUUAAGAAUCAACAGAGGUGGCUUUUGUUCUUGCGUCAUGCACGUGGAUGUAGAGCGCCAACAGGAAAAUGUCCAGAGCGCUAUUGCCUUGAGGUGCAAAAGCUAUUGAAGCAUAUAGAUAGCUGCGAUUCUUCUUCUUGCAACAAAUCUCGCUGUCAUGCAACCAGAACACUUAUUAAUCAUCAUAAACAUUGCGCGACUGCCAACUGCCCUGUUUGUGUACCUGUCAGAAAUUUUAUACGUUCACAUGGAAAGGGAUAUGUUCGUAAGGAUUCUGAUUCUGGAUUGCAACAUUCAAUUGCUGUAAAUUGCAGACCAUCUGAGUCCGGAGAAGCUAAAGUUAAAGACAAUCUAAAGCCUUCUGAAAUAGUUGUUCAACCUCCAGAAAGUCAACCUGCUGUCAAACGCCUAAAGCCAGAGCCUCCUCAAUCUGCUACUCCUGAGAGUGGAAGCAUGUUUGUGCCAGUUAAUGCCAACAAUGCAUCUCAUGUUUCUCACAGUGUACAACCAAAAGCAUAUGAGAAAAAUGAAAACACUUCACAGGUUAAGUCUGAAUUCUCUGAUGUGAAGAUGGAGACUUUGGCUGUUUCAACUUCUAAUGUUACUGAGGUGAAGAACAUCAUAGUUGACACUUCUAAUCAGUCGGAUGGUGCGUCGUCCUUGGCUAAGGAAGAGAGUGUCAAAAACGAAGAAGAUAAUGGUCAAGUGAAGCCAGAAGAAGUGGAGUCUCCUGAACCUUUGACAAAGUCCGGAAAGCCUAAGAUUAAAGGAGUGUCCUUAACUGAACUGUUUACACCGGAGCAGAUAAAGGAGCACAUUUCUGGUCUUAGGCAGUGGGUUGGGCAGAGCAAAGCAAAGGCAGAGAAAAAUCAAGCGAUGGAACACUCGAUGAGUGAAAACUCCUGUCAGCUUUGUGCUGUUGAGAAGCUCACAUUUGAACCACCACCUAUUUAUUGUACUCCAUGCGGUGCUCGAAUAAAGAGAAAUGCAAUGUAUUACACUGUGGGAGCUGGUGAUACACGGCACUAUUUCUGUAUUCCAUGCUAUAAUGAAGCUCGUGGUGACACAAUUUCUAUAGAUGGAACUUCAGUUCCUAAGUCAAGGCUGGAGAGAAAGAAAAAUGAUGAGGAAACUGAAGAAUGGUGGGUUCAAUGUGAUAAAUGUGAAGCUUGGCAGCAUCAGAUCUGUGCCUUGUUUAAUGGAAGACGGAAUGAUGGUGGUCAAGCUGAAUACACAUGUCCUUUUUGCUAUAUGCAAGAGAUUGAAGAGGGGGAGCGCAAGCCAUUGCCACAGAGUGCUGUUCUUGGGGCAAAAGAUCUGCCAAAAACAAUUCUAAGUGACCACAUUGAGAACCGGCUAUUUAAACGAUUGAAACAAGAAAGACUAGAAAGGGCAAGAGUCCAGGGAAAAAGUUAUGAUGAGGUUCCUGGAGCAGAUGGAAUUGUUGUUAGAGUUGUGUCAUCUGUUGACAAGAAGUUGGAAGUGAAGCCAAGGUUUCUUGAGAUUUUCCGUGAUGAGAACUAUCCUACUGAAUUCGCUUAUAAAUCUAAGGUAGUUUUGCUUUUUCAGAAGAUUGAAGGAGUAGAAGUGUGUUUAUUUGGAAUGUAUGUUCAAGAGUUUGGCUCAGAAUGCCUGCCUCCAAAUCAGCGCCGUGUUUAUCUUUCAUACCUUGAUUCAGUGAAGUAUUUUAGGCCUGAUGUAAAAGCAGUGUCUGGCGAAGCUCUCCGUACAUUUGUUUAUCAUGAAAUUUUGAUUGGUUACCUUGAAUACUGUAAGAAGCGGGGUUUUGCAAGUUGUUAUAUAUGGGCAUGUCCACCUUUGAAGGGUGAAGAUUAUAUUUUGUAUUGCCAUCCUGAAAUACAGAAGACACCAAAAUCUGACAAAUUGAGGGAGUGGUAUUUGGCAAUGCUAAGAAAAGCUACGAAGGAAAAUAUUGUGGUUGACCUUACUAACUUGUUUGAUCAUUUCUUUGUACAAACUGGCGAAUGCAAGGCCAAGGUCACCGCAGCUAGGCUCCCGUAUUUUGAUGGUGACUAUUGGCCCGGUGCUGCAGAGGAUAUGAUAUAUCAAAUUAAUCAGGAAGAGGAAGGUAGGAAACUCAACAAGAAGGGAACAACAAAAAAGAUGAUCUCAAAGAGGGCUCUUAAAGCAUCUGGGCAAUCAGAUCUUUCUAGCAAUGCGUCAAAGGAUCUUCUUUUAAUGCAUAAACUUGGUGAAACGAUUUCUCCAAUGAAGGAAGAUUUUAUUAUGGUUCAUUUGCAGCAUGCAUGUACCCACUGCUGUUUGUUAAUGGUUUCCGGGAACCGCUGGGUUUGCAAUCAGUGUAAAAAUUUUCAGCUCUGUGACAAGUGCUAUGAAGCAGAACAAAAGCGUGAUGAUAGAGAAAGACAUCCUAUCAACCAGAAGGACAAGCAUGCACUUUAUCUGGUUGAGAUUGCUGAUGUGCCAGAAGAUACCAAGGAUAAAGAUGAGAUUCUUGAGAGUGAAUUUUUUGAUACCCGACAGGCAUUUUUGAGUCUUUGCCAGGGGAAUCACUAUCAGUAUGAUACUCUGCGCCGUGCUAAACAUUCUUCCAUGAUGGUGCUUUACCAUCUUCAUAAUCCAACUGCCCCAGCAUUUGUGAUAACAUGCAACAUAUGUCAUCUUGAUAUUGAGACUGGUCAAGGUUGGCGUUGUGAAACUUGUCCAGAUUAUGAUAUUUGCAAUUCUUGUUACCAAAAGGAUGGAGGUAGGGAUCAUCCUCAUAAGUUGACGAAUCAUCCUUCCGUGGCUGAUCGUGAUGCUCAAAACAAGGAAGCAAGACAACAACGUGUUGUACAGCUCCGAAAGAUGCUUGAUCUGCUGGUGCAUGCAUCACAGUGCCGUUCACCACAUUGCCAGUACCCCAAUUGUCGGAAGGUUAAAGGUCUAUUCCGUCAUGGAAUACAGUGUAGAAUUCGUGCAUCUGGGGGUUGUGUUCUUUGCAAGAAGAUGUGGUAUCUUCUUCAACUUCAUGCUAGAGCUUGUAAAGAAUCUGAAUGUCAUGUACCUCGAUGCAGAGAUUUGAAAGAACAUCUAAGGCGGUUGCAACAGCAAUCUGAUUCUCGUAGACGAGCAGCUGUGAUGGAGAUGAUGAGACAGCGAGCUGCAGAAGUAGCUGGCCAUGCUUAAUUUGUGUACAUAUAUCUGGACAUUUGGAAAGAGUUUUCCAAAGACUUGAUACAUGGUUAGUGUUCUGAAGAAUACUCAUGCCGUAGCAGUAAGAGAAGGAAGUCUUCUACGGGAGAAGCAAUGUGGAUUUAAACCUCUGUACAGAUUCAAUAUGCAGAAGUCAUUAAUAUGGUAACAUAUAUAUCCUGGUCCUGAACAUUUCCUUCCGAAGACGCUGGGUGGAAUUCUUUUGCAAUUUGGAGGGAAGAAAGAUAGUAUUUUAUUUCCAGGGCACUCAUCCUCAAUGCUUACUGGCAUCUCAUAAAUGGAGCACCGGCGCUAGUGUUCAUCUUUGUGGUGGUGGAAGAGUUGGUGAUUCUUUAAUUCUAUCCUUUGUGUAUUUUCUACAACGCCUCAUCUAUGGUGGCAAGUGUACUAUAGUAUGUCUUUAUAUGUACGAGAAACGUUACUUUUUGUGCAAUGGAGCGUAGGGGAUGUUUGCAAUUCUUUGCUAUCUACCUCCUAUAUGUUGUUCCCUUUUUUGUAGAAUAUUUAUUUCAUUUUGGAAAGGAAAAAGAAGUUACAUCUCAAA